AUGACGUUCGACGCCGCCGAUGCACGUUUUAUGGACGAGUUGUUUGCCGAUCUCGAUGCCUCUCACUUUUCCAUCCCUCCAUCGCAAAGUCCACCAAGGAAGAAACCGACGUACAGCCCUCCAUUGUCGCAACAGCGCAAGCCUUCUUCGUACCGCAAAAGCGCCUCGCCUAACCCAGCCUCGAAACUUGUCAGAUCCCCUCUCAAGGACUUGACGCUCUCUCAGUCUCAACUCAUCAAUUUCGACGGUGAAGACCGGCUCAAACAACCGUCAGCCACUUCGACAAGCUCAACUCAGCGUGCCGUUUCAGCCUCUGACAUAAAGCGCCAAAAGACUGAACACUCUGUCAGCCCCACAAUACCGGUAUCAAUACCAGACACGUCCACGACAUCGGCAUCGAAGCCCACUUCCGCUCGCACAAACGUUCAAGCUCGUGAACGAUGCACCUAUACACGUGCUCGUAUCUCGGCAGUGGUAGACAGCUCGUAUCAGCUGUCCGUCGACAGUGCAGGCCCAUCUAAACGUCUUCUUCCAGAGAAAAUCCUGGUCCUCGAACCUGACAAGCAGAGCGUUAACAUCAACCAGACUAGUCCGUCGAAAAGUGGAACUGGCAGUGAUCCACCAGGUAAUGAGACAGAAGUGCUGCUUGCCGCCCUCCGCGACGACUGGCUGCAGACGCUGGUCUCGGUAGGCAGUGUCGUACAUCUCGUCGGUCACUUCGAGAUUGAACCCAGCACUGUUCCCAGAAGCUUAGAUCAGUAUUAUCAAGGUUCGAAAGACGAGCCCCAGGUUAAAAUGGUCAUAGAGCAGCCCUGUGUCGAGCAAACCCAGCCGUUAAAUGCCAGCGAUGUACAAGACGAGGACGACGACCUCUGGGACGACCUAGCCUCCAUGCCGUCGCUGUCACAGUGUGCCACUCAGGAGCUGCUUGCCUCUGACGUUGCACCUAGAGCCAAGAUUAUGAUCCUCGCUUCGCGCUCCACUUCAGCUAAAAAUUCGGACUCGGUUGACCAUGCGCUUGAUAACCUUCUGGUUGUCCAUCCUGAUGUUCUAGUCUCAGCGACCAAAGUAGCCGACGUUGCCUCAUGCAUUCGGAAACCAGUUGUCCAGGAUCGGCUGCGUGGUGCAUCCGAUGUGACACUCAGUCUUGUUAUGGGUAACAUGCUACACGAAUUGUUGCAAGCAUGUCUCACCGCCUCGCCAUCUGUACAGAAUUUCGAUACGAUCGAGACCAACGAGCCAGAGGGCCCAUUGGACACACUCCCUUCCGUAUCGCCUUGGCCUGAUCAAUGGCAGGGCAUUGGUAACUUCAGCCGGACUUUUGUCGAGCAACAAGUCGAGAAGCAGGUCCGCGCCAACAUCGAGAGCUUGUACGCCAUCGAGCUCAGCACUGAUGAUGCCGCAAUGCAGUUGCGAGAAAAAGCGGCUCCUUUUGCCCACUUUGCUCGUACUUUUCUGCUGCAAGGAGAGGACGCUACAUUUCAUCCAGAGGCAACCUUGCGAGACUCGGGUCACUCGCACGCCGCGCCUCUUGCUAAAGUACGCCUCCGACGCAUCCUCGAUGUAGAAGAAGAGAUCUGGAGUCCCAUCUUUGGCCUCAAGGGUAAGAUCGACGUAUCGGUCGAGUGCGAUAUUUUCGAAGAGUCCGAGCCUCCGGCCCCGAUGACAACUUCGGCUCAACAUGGUCAAGCUUUCGUGCGUGGCACUCGGACAAAUACGUCAAGAGAGCAAUCGCAGCGCCGUAUCACAACAUCAGUGGUACCUUUGGAGCUUAAGACGGGUCGUGCAGAGUUCGUGUCGACGGAACAUCGCGCUCAGACCAUGAUGUAUACGCUCAUGAUGUCGGACCGAUACGGAGUUCGCGUCAACGAUGGGCUGCUCUACUACUCGAAAUCUGGCGAGCUGCAUCGCAUCCGCUUCAGCCGAAACGAAGUGCGCAGUCUUAUCAUCGGCCGCAAUGAGCUCGCGCACUAUCUUCGCCUCGACUCGAGUCGGCUUCGUAACGACGAGCUUGUAAUGACGGCGUCUGAAGAGCCUCUACCGGUACUGCCGCCGACCAUCGACAGCGAGCACAAAUGUCGACGAUGCUAUGCCGUUGAUGGGUGUAUGCUCUUCCGUCGCGCCGUAGAGAACGUCGUCGAGCCAUCAGAAGUCAAGCUCGAGGAUAUUGAGGGUAUCAGUGCGCCAAAAUCAGGCAGGAUCUUGUCUAAAAGGACACCGAUUGCAGACAUCUUUGAGCAAAAGACUGGGCACCUGACAGAUGUCCAUCUCGAAUUUUUCCGCAAAUGGGACCGUUUGCUGAAUCUCGAAGAGGAGGACGCUGUUCGCCUUCGUAGGGAAAUGUGGACCAUGACAGCGGAGCAGCGCGAAAGGGUGGGCCGAUGCUUUGGCAAGAUGCGUCUUGACAUUCUUCACGAGUCUUGCCUGCCAGAGGCUUCGGGAUCGAUGCGCAGAGUCGUCCACCGCUUCGUUCGCCAUCAAGAUCCAACUCAGAGCGCGGAGGCAGGUCUUCUGUCUGGUCAUAUUACCAUCAAUGAUCCCGUGACUGUCUCAAUCGAGCCGCAUAUGCUUUCGGUGGCUCAGGGCUUUGUGUCCAACCUCACUCCGACUUGCAUCGAGAUUGGGCUUGAUCACUCGCUCGAAGCAGCCAUGCAAAGAGCAUUGGUGAACACCAACGCGAAUGCGCACAUAGAGCCAUUUGACGUUGCAUCUGCCGCUGAGCGGAUCGUCUUCCGCAUCGACAAGGACGAACUUUCGAGCGGCAUGGGUCGCAUCCGAGCCAACUUGGCCGCACUGUUCUUGGCGCCCGGGAGAGGCGGUGAUGUUAAGCGUCGCGAGCUGGUGGUUGAUUUGCGUGCUCCACGCUUCCUGCAACCGGAGCAGCUGCAGAAGAAUUUCUCGACCAGUUCGGAUCAAGAGCCAGCCGAGCAGAUCAUUGAGCGAGCCCGAGCUGAUCCAAGCCUCAACCAAGACCAAAAGGUGGUGAUCGACAAGGUGCUCACCACCCAAGACUAUGCUCUUGUGCUUGGCAUGCCGGGAACAGGUAAAACAACAAUCAUUGCCAAACUCAUCGAGCUGCUCGUCAAGCUGGGCAAGCGGAUUCUUUUGACAAGUUACACGCAUUCGGCGGUCGAUACCAUCCUUCGCAGACUUAGUGAGGAUGAGAGCAAGCGCGUGGAUAGCCCUUUGCGCAUUCUACGCCUCGGUAGCAAGGACAAAGUGCAUCCGGAUGCCCACCAGUUCCUUCUUCCGCGCUGCGGGACGCUGAACGAAUUGAAGGACGCUUUCGAGUCACCCAAUGUGGUGGCAGCGACGUGUCUCAGCGUGCAUCAUACGUUGUUCUCCUCUGGUCUUGCCAGGAGAAUGCGCAGCCGAACUACCGCGGGUGAUGGAGGAGACGAGCCGUUCACGUACCUCUUCGAUUACUGCAUCGUGGACGAAGCGUCACAGAUCCCGCUUCCUACCUGUCUGGGACCGCUUCGAUUUGCGGACAAGUUUGUUCUUGUGGGCGACCACCAUCAACUUCCGCCGCUGGUCAAGAACGCACAAGCCAAAAAAGGGGGCUUGGACAUAUCGCUGUUCAAGCUUCUUUCGGAGCGUCACGGUGAUCGAGCAACGGUAGCACUGCGAUCGCAGUACCGCAUGAACGACGACAUUAUGCGGUUGUCGAACGAGAUGGUCUAUCAUGGACAGCUACGCGCUGGCAACGAGCGGGUCAGGGACCAGACCUUGAUGCUUGGCAACGUCGAAGCUGCUAAGAGAGGCGCCGGUGAAGACAAGUGGCUGUGCGACUUGCUUCGACCCGAAGCCAAAGUGAGGUUCUUGGACACGUCCAAGCGUAGAUUGGAGGAGGUAGGCGAGAGUAAGCACGGCGAACUGGUGACGAAUCAGUUUGAAGCACAAGUGGUGCUGAGGAUCGCCUCAUUGCUUGUACAGGGCGGUUGCAGGCCCGAUCAGAUUGCGGUGGUCACGCCGUAUCGUCAGCAGUUGAAGCUUCUGCGUUCGCUGCUUGACAAGUGCGGAGACGGCCAGCAGCUACGCAGGCUGGACGCGAUCGAGCUUUUGACCGCAGAUCAAAGCCAGGGAAGAGACAAAGACGUCAUAUUGGUUAGUUUUACCCGUGCCAAUUACCAGCGCUGCUCUGGCUCCAGUAGCACCAUGGCCGAGGCUUACAGGGAGGAAGAAGGAGCUCAAGGAGGAAACACGGGUGAACUGCUGAAUGACGUUCGCCGACUCAAUGUCACUCUGACACGAGCCAAACGCAAACUCAUCCUCAUAGGUCACACAGCCACAUUACAAGGUUCUCGCGUGCUACAGCCAUUGUUGAAGAUGUGCAGGGAUGCAGGCUGGAUGUCUGACGUCUAA